AUGUUCACAAAAUCCGCACGAAAUCACAAAAUCACAUCGUCUCGUCAGCCACAACGUCUAACGAUGCGAUUAUUGGGCAAGAUUUCGAACCAUGACCUGUUAGAUACUGAUGAGGAGUCCCAAUGCCUGAAUCGGGGCUUUCUCGAGCCAUCACCUCCGCCGUCUCUUCUACCUUCGAAGGAACCAGGAUUUGGUGUGGAUCGAAGAGAGUUGACUUCCGCCCGUACCAGCGUUUCAACUCCACCGGUGGGCGACGACGAUAGCUCUCUAUCGCUCACUCAGACUGAUUCUCCGAUUUUUGCCUUUCAAGAAGAAGAAGGAGGAGAAGAAGAAGAGGCCUCUACUUCAGCCCCUUCCACUACCACAUUGAAGAAAGCCAUUUCCGAAAGCUUUCAACAGGCAAAAGCAUACUCGUACAAACAGCUGUUGGCUCCAGGACUAAUCGUCCUUAUCUCGAUCGCAAUUGGUGUCUUUCUCAAGCUUGCAACUGAACAGGCCGAAACCCGCUUACGUGAAAAGGUAUUCGAGAACCAAGCAAAGCUUUUGUCAGCCUUGUGGCAGGCAAGAUUAAAAGAGACGGUGGGUCAUUCCGGAAUUAUUUGGGAAAGUGUCUUUGACCAAAGCCCGAUUGUUACACCAAUGAUUGUAGUUAUGAACAAUUCAUGCAAAGAGAAUGCUUUGACAUUUCAAGUCGGUCAAACUAAGGCAGCGUUUCUAGGAAUUGGAGAGUUGCACAAUCCCGAUCUUUCGGACUAUGGCCAAUGCUUUGGGCUUCCAAAGUACACCAAAGGAUCAGAUCUCAUUUCUCAGUGCGAGAAUAUUGCUGCUAUCUAUCCUACCAAAGAAACAGUGAGCCAUUUCUCCACCAAUCAAUCGGAUAUCGCCAUGGCCAGCUUCUUCAUUUUUGCAGCGAUCCUCACUGCUUUCAUUAUCUGCCACGACUAUUUUCUUCGCAAGCAAAUUGAGCGUUUGUCCAACAACUUUCAUCAAGCUCAAGAAAUCGUCUCAUCUCUCUUUCCAGCCAAUGUUCAAGAGCGUCUCUUUCAGAUGCAUAGUGAGCCUUCGGUUCGUUUGGAUGACAUGAUGCUGACUCCCAAGACAACCCACAAGUCUACGCCCGAGAGAGUUCAACUAGAACUCACCAUGGAAGAAUCGGCUUCGUCUUUUCACUGCGAGGCUCCACCGCCGCCACCGCAAGUGGAUACGCUGGAGUCUUUUGAUCUCGUUGAGGAGGUGGAACUCGCCAAUAAAGUCCUAGAAUCCAAGAAAUCGGGUGGCAGUGAAAGAAGCAAAAGGUCCGGAACACCCUCACAGAAAUUGCAAAUGUUUCUAAGUCCUCCCCAACUGGUUUCUGGUGUAAGUGAAAAGAUAAAAUGCGUCAAGAAUGAACCAAUUGCCGAUUUAUUCCCCAUGGUAUCGGUCAUGUUUGCCGACAUUGCGGGAUUUACGGCUUGGAGUUCGGAACGAGAACCUGCGCAAGUCUUUCGACUACUAGAGACCAUCUUUCACUGCUUCGACAAGUUGGCAAAUGAGUACAAUGUGUUCAAGGUGGAGACAAUAGGUGAUUGCUACGUCGCCGUGACUGGCUUGCCUGAACGAAGAGAUGAUCAUGCUGUGGCUAUGGCCAGGUUUGCCCACGAAUGCUUGACCCAGAUGAACAACUUAACCCGCAAAUUGGAACUCGUCUUGGGACCGGGGACUGCUGAAUUGCGAAUGCGCUUUGGAAUCCCUAGUGGACCUGUGACCGCUGGUGUCUUGCGAGGAGCAAAGUCCCGUUUUCAGCUCUUUGGAGACACUGUCAACUUUGCGUCUCGAAUGGAAAGCACAGGCCGAAAGAAUCGGAUUCAAGUGUCUCAGGCAACUGCCAACCAUCUCAAUGCAGCUGGAUUGGAAAGUUGGUUGUACCCUCGAGGUGAUUUGGUUUAUGCCAAGGGGAAAGGAGACGUCAGAACAUUCUGGCUCGAUCGACCUUCUACUUCGGCAAGGUCAGUAGUCGAUUCAUCUACUGGUGAUAGCAACAGUGAUUUCAAUCUCAACAAAGCUGGUAGCACCUCGACCUUGAUUGAGCUCAAGAGCAAAAGCAAGUCAGUCUUGAUACGGGGCUUGUCGUUCCAGCCCAAUCGAGAUGAGCCUAGCCACAUCAGCGAUAAAUUGAACGAACGUCGGGAUAAACUCAGUGCAUCGAUUCAUUCCAAUAACAAGUGGAAUCAAGUCAAUGAAAAGUACGACUCGGUGAGAGAGCAAUUGGCCUUGGAGGAGGCCAUAUCUGGAGAAUUCUCAGAUGUUGGACGACAAUUGCGAUUGAUUGAUUGGAAUUCCGAAAUCUUAUCGAAGCUUCUGAAGAAGAUCGUAGCAGUAAGGCAGACCCAGUGCUCUAAUCAGUGCUGCGAAGAUGUAGACCCGAGGAGCUACUCGGAACCCAAGUACUUGGAAGAGGUUCGGGAGAUCAUCCCCCUUCUUUCUGAAGAGGACAUGUCAAAAGAGAAUUGGAUGGAUGUCGAAAAGCUUACUAAUAUCGAUAUCCACGGUAUCGAACUGCCUCCGAAUGCGGAACGCCAACUGAAGGAAUAUGUAACCACCAUUGCUUGCAUGUACCGCAGCAAUGCCUUCCACAAUUUCGAACACGCUAGUCACGUUCUGAUGAACUCCCUCAAGUUGCUGAACCGAGUGAUUGCUACUGACCAACUCUUGUUACGAAUUGACUAUACUUGCGCGAUUUCAUCCGAUCCAUUGACACAAUUUGCAAUCGUCUUUGCGGCACUGAUCCAUGAUGUGGACCACACUGGUGUCACAAACUCACAAUUAGUCAAGGAAAGUGCCCACAUUGCGUCGUUGUACAACAACAAAAGCGUUGCUGAGCAGAACUCUUUGGAUCUUGCUUGGGAACUUCUCAUGGAACCAAGUUAUAAGGAUUUCCGGCCAUGUAUCUUCUCAACGAAGUCUGAGCUCCAACGAUUUCGUCAGUUGAUUGUCAAUGUCAUUCUUGCGACCGACAUCUUUGACUCGGACAUGAAAGCUCUUCGAAAUUCUCGUUUUUCCAAGGCAUUUCACAUGGAGUCAGAGGGGACUUCACUGACUACAGAGAACGAGCUUAAUCUGAAAGCUACGAUUGUGAUUGAGUACAUCAUGCAAGCAUCAGAUGUCUCGCAUACAAUGCAACAUUGGCAUGUUUAUAAGAAGUGGAACGAGCACCUCUUCGCCGAGAUGUAUUCUGCCUGGCAAGUGGGCAGACUUGGAUUCAAUCCAUCAACUGGCUGGUUUCAAGGGGAACUCUCGUUCUUUGACAACUAUAUCAUCCCACUUGCCAAAAAGUUGGAAGACUGCCAAGUCUUCGGUGCGGCUGGCAAUGAGCUCUUGAAGUUUGCGCUCGAGAAUCGAAAAGAGUGGGAAAAGAAGGGAAAGGAACUCGUCGCCGCGUAUAUCCAGAAGUAUACCUCAGAAUCGGAGUAA